AACAGUGGUUGUUCGUUCGGGUGCGUUUUUUGAUUAAUGUGUAAAAAUACGCGCUGGUCUUUUAUUUAUCGGCUGGUUUUGGUGUUCGAAUAUGAGCUCUCCGGUCAGAGACAUCGAGGUUAACGUGGUGUCAUCUCCGGAGUCCUCCAACAGUCGAAACCAUUCUCCGGAACCGGACUUUGGCAGGAUGGUGAACCAUCAUGUGACUACGUGUUUUCCGGUGAUUCGAACCAGUGACGAUGACGAUAAGCAUGAUCGAGAUGCGAAAGUUACCAGUACUCAGAAAAUUUCCGGCAAUUCGACCAACUUUUCGAUUUCGAGCAUUUUAUCGCGCGAUGAACCGGUCGAGAAGAAAACGGAGUUUACCGCUCAUUUGGCCAACGGACAAAGUGUGGUCGAUUCUACUAAUCCUAAUGGUACUAUGCUUACAAGAUUGGGAUUGAUGUCUCAAUUCGAGGCUUUUGCUGCAGCCAGUAGCAGAUAUGCAGCCCUUUGUGGGGCCCCAGCAGACCCUCGAGCCAUGCACUGGUAUUGGGGAAGAAUUUCCGCCCCUCAAAUUCGCAGGGAGAGACUCAGCCCUACAGGUGGUUCAACCAAUGACGACCAAUCGCCUCCACUCUCCCCAAGAGGAGACCACUCCCAUCCAAUCCUCAAUGAGAGUCGCUCCUCCCGACCCUCUUCACCUUCUGAUCAUCAGCGCUCCCCUCCCACAUCUCCAUCGCCCAGACUCUCCAAUCAUCCAGCCUACAUGGAGCCGAGCUUUGGAAGGCGGUCGAAAAGUCCAAUGGAUGGUUACCAGCGAUCGAAAAGUCCCUCAUUCAGAGACGCGGAAAAUAUGGUGAUAGAUGAAGAAGGAGAAGACGAGGAGAGCGACUACGAUAAUGAUAAGGACAAGAAGAUUCAAGGGCCUGAUGGCUUAAGUCCGGCCAGCUCGCUGUCCAAUAAGAGGAAAAAGAAAACUAGGACUGUGUUUUCCAGGUCACAAGUUUUUCAAUUGGAAUCUACCUUUGAUAUGAAAAGAUAUUUGUCAUCAUCAGAACGAGCAGGACUAGCAGCAAGUUUGCACCUAACAGAAACCCAAGUGAAAAUUUGGUUCCAAAACCGUCGAAACAAAUGGAAGCGUCAACUGGCAGCCGAGUUGGAAGCCGCCAAUAUGGCACAUGCAGCUCAACGACUCGUACGAGUUCCUAUUCUAUAUCACGAGUCAGCCAACUCGUCCAUGCGACAUCCGUUCGACCAAAAUCACUCGGCUCUAGGUCUGCAUCAUUCGCUGGACACGAGAGAAAGUCCUGGUAGUACGGGAGGGUCUUCGGGAGGUUAUCCCAGCUCUUUGUACUACCAUCAUCAGGCAGCAGUGGCGGCGGCAGUGCAUAGUUUGCCUUCCAGUCCCCGACCGCCAAUGUCUGGACUGGUUUGAGGGUUCGAGAGCUGAGUUGAUGAGGAAGACGCGGGGUUAUUGUGCAAACAGCAGUGAGUUAAGGACCUUUGUGUGUUUAUUGAGGCGUACAUAUCUUAAGAAGUGUCAAAUUGAGGAGUUUUGCUUGCUAUAUACCCGAUUUAUUUGAUUCAGUCGAAGAGCCAGUUCAGCUAAUCGGUUAAGCUAAGUAUAUGGAUUGGUGUAAAUAUUUUUGUAACUACCCACUUAUCAACCUAAUGUACAUAGUAUACAUAUUUUUAAGCAGCUACUGCAGUUACCCCACUAUGCCAAAACUACCUAGGAAAUAACAUACUGAAUGUAAUUAUUAUGUAGCAAAAUUUAAUUGUUGUUACGUACAUAAAAAUUAUUAUAAAUA